GUCAGUCGAUUGGGUUGCGCCGACCGAUGCUGAUACCGCGAGAACAUGGUGCCAUCGUCGAUUUUUCCCGACCGGUCGGUCUUGUUCAAUUUGAAAACGCGUGAACUUUCGGCGGACGUUAAUUAUCUCGCCCUAGUUUCGCUCUAUUAACUAUUUCUCCGCGUUACACGCUUAGUAUAGCGAGACUCCCGUGCCUGGAUGUCACAUGAGUGUUACACGUGCGAUGAAAAAUGUGAUUUAACGUUCGCAAAGCUCAUACGGUGUAUAAUAAAAAACUUAAAAUUUUUAUUUCCUAUUUAUAUCUUGUUGUAAUCGCGCGAGUGCUUGUAAUAAAGUUGUUCGUUUUAUUUUGAGCUAAUUUCAAAAAAAUUAUGAAUAUUUUGUGGAACACAUUAUCACUUAGAAUCAAUUCUUCGUUAUUCGGCUGUUAUCGUUUGAAGAUUACAAGUGAAACGUACCAGGCUGCCCUGCGUGUGAAAGUGCGUUUAUUCUCGGAUCCCGAAGAGCUGUUCGCUUUGGGGUGAAUAUGUUCCGAAGGAUAAUCGCGCCGAUCGCGUCGAGGCAGCGCGGAAAAAAAAACGAUCGCCACUUGCGGUCUUAAAAGCCUCUCUCCGCUUUUUUAAGAUCGGGACGAAACGAGAAUUCGACGAAUUUACGCCGCUCCGUGUUUCGUGCGCGAAACGAACAUCAUUGUCCGGAUUAAACCUGCACGUUCCUGAAGAGAGUCGAAUCGAUCGCGCGCGCGCGAGUCGUCACAGUUCGUUGCUGUCUUCGAUGUAGUGUAUAAUAUCUUCAGUGCUGUCUUCCGAUGAUAGGUUGUUUUUUUGUGCGAAAUAUGUAAUCGCGUAAGGAAUAUAAAAGGAGGUCGUCAUCGACGAAAUGGUGUGAAAAUCGUCGUAUCAAUCUUUCCAUUGACUUUAAACGGGAUAAAUGGAGCGUGAACUGAUACAGUGGCAUUAGAGCAGAUGGAUAUAACGAUAUAUAAUCUGUGAGAAUCGGCAGAAAAAAAUAGCGCACAGAUAUCUACCUUCUAAAAAAAAAAAAGGAAAAAAAAAGAAAAUCCAAUUUUCCUGACUUCAAGAUAGAUAAUACGGUAAACUCUCAUUAUGGAUUGGCUCUCUCUUUGCGUCUGUGCCACAAAGAGCGACGACGAGAAGCCGAAGAAGAAUGAAAAACGCAAGAAAAAAAGCAAGAAAUAUAAAAAGCUUUCCAAGCAAAAGGAGUCGGACAAAGUGCCGUCGCUUUCCACUGACGAAUCCUUACGCAAAUCGCAAAAUGAAGAGAAGGAAAUCGAGAAAGAAGAAAUCGCGGAAAAGAACCGGAUGAAUCGAGAAAUUGUUGAUCGCAUUGGCGAUCGCGCAAGAAGUGAUCAGAUCGAUCCGACGAAAAUCGACGACUCGCCGAUCGAUUCCUGGUCUUAUCGAUCCGAUCGCGACGAUUGUGAAAAUUUCGACGAAUCUUUGAAGGAAAACAGUGCGAAUGAAUCUGAGCGGAACAUCUCACGUGGUAUCGAUUGCAACACGAUGCAUUUGACGUGUGCAUCGAGCGCAGCUGACGAAGAUGACGAGAAGCGGGUCAAGUGCAUCUCGGAUGAGAAGGAACGUGAGGAAGAGACCAAUCUAGAUGAAUCCAUGUCGAGAUCGGUGGUCUCUGGUGAACCUGAAGACUCUUCAUGGACGUCGGAAGACAGACAAGACGCGGUCGUUGAAUCGAGUCUUGAUAGGAAACUCAAGGAGAGAAUCUCCUCCAGAAUUAAUUUUCCCAAUAAAAACCAGAAAAGAGAGAGUCUUAAAGGUAGAACUUCGUUGAAAAAGCAAUCCAGAAACGCUCUCCCGCCGAUCAAACGAAGAUCCGAGGAGACGCGCGGUUGCAUAGAUAGCGAGGAGAUGGGAAGACACAAGGAAAUGAAUAAAUUUGCUUUUAAGAAUAACGCGCUGUUUUGCGAGCAAAGUGAGAUUCGGCGGAAAUUAAACUCGUGCAGCUUUGAAAUUCGGCCGUUCGAAAACGAGGAGCGAGGAGAAAAAAAAAUGCGAAUCCGGGACGUGGGUUCCAUGAUACCUAGACUUUCAUCACCCAGACAGGGGAUAAACUCGAUCAAAACCGACGGCAAAUCGGAAAUUGUGCAAAACGGUCGCAUUCACUCGGCAGUCGUCUCCGGUGUCAAUUUAGAUCAGCGCACCGUAACAGUAGAAUGGUUCGAGAAGGGAGAAACCAAAGGCAAAGAGGUGGAGAUCGACGCGAUUCUCGCUCUGAAUCCCGAUCUGAAUCAAAAUCCCGAAGUAAAUCAUAAGAUGGGACCACCGGCGCCAGUAAUGAACAACCACAUGUUAGCGUCUUCGAGAGCAAGGGAGCCGGACUCCUCGGCUGAGGAGGACGAGGGGGUUGACGAGUCGGAGAACCAAGAGGAGGGCUCCCUCGGACGCCACGGCGGUCACACCGCAAGAAACGGCCUCGCAUCCGCAACGCUUCCUGUACGAGUCACAUCUCGUCUCUCGCACUCGACCAGACCGUCUAUUCCAGUGAAAGCGACCUCGAACAGGCAACUGUCACGUCCGUCGGGUCGUCCGACCAACAUAAUGUCACCAGCUUCGUCUGUCAACGGUCACGGUGACGCGGUUGCUGGACUCACGGGACGUCGAGAAGUCGAAAACAUACCACCGACACCUACAGCAGCGGUGACACAGUACAACCUUACCAGCUCGGUGCAAAAUCGUCAGCAAAAAGCGCAACAGCAGCAGCAGCAGCAACAACAGCAGAUGUUGUCGCAGGCUCAGGUGGAAAACGGUCGAGGUAGACGAUCGAACGUUGUCAAGGAAGUCGAGAGAUUGAAGAAAAACAGAGAAGAAAGAAGACAGCGACAGGCGGAGCUGAAGGAAGAGAAGGAAGCGCUUAUGAAUCUGGAUCCUGGCAAUCCGAAUUGGGAGUUCCUAGCCAUGAUAAGAGAAUAUCAAAACAGCAUAGAGUUUAGGCCGUUGAGAGAAUCUGACCCCGUAGAGGAUCAUCAAAUUACCGUGUGCGUGAGGAAACGACCGCUCAACAAGAAGGAACAUUCGCGCAAAGAGAUUGACGUGAUCAGUGUGCCUAGCAAGGAUCAGAUGGUUGUGCACGAGCCCAAGUCCAAGGUCGAUCUCACUAAGUAUCUGGAGAAUCAGAUCUUCAGAUUUGAUUACGCAUUCGAUGAGACAUGUAACAACGAGAUAGUCUACAAGUACACGGCCAAACCGCUGGUACAGACGAUCUUUGAGGGUGGCAUGGCUACGUGCUUCGCGUACGGUCAGACCGGUAGUGGCAAGACCCACACUAUGGGCGGCGACUUCAACGGCAAAACGCAAGAUUGCAAAAAAGGCAUCUACGCCAUGGUUGCCAAAGACGUAUUCAAGUGCCUGAAAUUGGCGAAGUAUCGGCCCCUGAAUCUGGUCAUUUCCGCUAGUUUCUUCGAGAUAUACUCCGGCAAGGUAUUCGACCUUCUGGCGGAAAAGGAGAAACUUAGGGUUCUAGAAGAUGGCAAACAGCAGGUGCAAAUAGUUGGAUUAACAGAAAAGGUCGUGGAAACUUGUGACGAGGUAUUAAAAUUAAUACAACAUGGAAACAGCGCCAGAACAAGCGGUCAGACGAGCGCUAAUUCCAACUCUUCGAGAUCGCACGCGGUGUUUCAAAUAAUAGCGCGCAUCCCGGGCACACACAAGGUGCACGGAAAGUUUUCGCUUAUUGAUCUUGCUGGCAAUGAAAGAGGUGCUGACACGUCGUCUGCUAAUAGACAAACUCGAAUGGAAGGUGCUGAGAUCAAUAAAUCCUUAUUAGCGUUAAAAGAAUGUAUACGCGCGUUAAGCCGUAAGGGUACGCAUUUGCCUUUUAGAGCGAGCAAACUGACUCAAGUGUUGAGGGACAGUUUCAUCGGUGAAAAAUCAAAGACUUGCAUGAUAGCGAUGAUUAGUCCCGGAAUGAGUUCUUGCGAGCAUUCCCUAAAUACGUUGAGAUACGCGGAUCGAGUGAAGGAAUUGGCGGCGACCGAUCCUACAGAAAUAAAAGCCUCACCGACGGAAGACGAUCGGGGCAUGAAGAUCGAGGAACAAGCGAACAACAGCGUGUUAUCAGAUAGCGAUUUGGCACAACUUCGAUCUCUCAAUGAAGGUGAGCUCUCGCAAGACUUGUACACCUUCCACGAAGCGGUGUCUGCUUUGCAGAUGCUCGAAGAGGAAGUGUUGGAUACGCACAAACUGGUCAUGGAUAACACGACCAAAUUCCUCAAUGACGCGCACAGCGUGUUCAGCGCGACUCAUGAGGUGGAUUACGACCAAGAAGAUUCACACAAUAAGACUAAGGCAAAUUCGAUCGUCACGUUAAACCGCCAACGGAGAAGCAACGGCUCGACAUUACCGAUAAACAGCGACACAGACAGCGUAUCAGACGCGGGAACAGUAUUAAACGCAACAAAAAUAGAUUCUACAACCAGGGAGAAAUUAUUCAAGUCUCCUUGGGAAGAUGAGAUAAGAUACAAUCGUAGUUUAAACGACAUCAAAAGAGAUACGGAUAAUAGUUCUCCUCGUACUAUAAUUGUCAAGCACAAUAAAAAGAAAAGCAUGACACCCGGUCGAAUUGUCGAAAAGAAUUUAAACAAUAAGGAUACGAUAAAAUGCCCGAUUAAGAAAUGCUAUCAAAGCCAACGGAGUAAGUUAUCCACUGGCAAAAAGAAAUUACAAAAAUAUAAUUUGACCGGUACUUUUCAUAAGAAAACAAACCUGGUUCCUAAAGAAACAAAUCGUCGCAGCUCGUUUUAUAUAUCAAGCGACGAUUUCGUUACGAGCUCUGAAGUAGAUGAAAAUGAUGAGCGUGAUAUAAUCGACAUUUGCAUGAACAAAUUCGAUGGAUCUAAUUAUUUUAGAGAUUACGAUAUCGAACAAGAUAAAUGGGCAUCACCGAUAGCGUUUUCUGACGUUAACGUAACUUUAGAACAAAGAACGAUGUGCGAUCAGGAUACGUAUAACGUUGAUUCGCAUACGCGCAGUAAUGUUAAUAAUGAAGAUGAAGAUAAUUUUUUCAGCGGAAAGAAAUUUGAUACUUUUUCCAUGAAUAAAUUUGAUAGAUCUAAUUAUUUUAGAGAUUACGAUGUCGAACAUGAUAAAUGGGCAUCGGCAUUUUCUGACUUUAAUGUAACUUUAGAACAGGAAAUGACACGUAAUCGGAAUACGUACAACGUUGAUUUGUGUGCAAUCAAUAAUAUUAACGAAGAAAAUGAGGAUAACCUUUCUAAUGACAAGAAAUUUGUCGAUUCUUCGAUGAGAAAUAAAAUAAAAUUAAAUUUCAAAACUCUGAUUAAUGACACAAAAAACACACGUCCGCUAGUUUUCUUGGGAAGUAUUAUUUUAUUUUUACUGCUGGAAUAUAUUUUAUUGAGUAUAUGUUUUACUUAUAUAAUGGAAAUAGAAAGUAAAUAAUACAUAUAAGCGUAAAGUUAUAUUUUUUACGUUAUCGGUGUAUAAGCAUUUAUUUUUGUGAUAGUAACAUAUUGAAAGUCAGGUUUUAUGUCGCGUAUUUAAAGAAAUUAUUAUGUUAUUAAAAAAUCUUGCUUGGAAUAUUAACUAUAUAAUUUUAUUUUCAGUGAGAGAGUGUACAUUUUUUCGAGUUUGAGCACUUGUGUUUGAGCUUGACUAUGCGCACGUUUUUGAAAUGUCUCUCGAAUACUAAUACUAUUUGUGUGUGCUGUAGUGAUAUUAUGUUAAAUAUACUUGCAAUUGCAUUUCUUCACAAAACGCAGAAUUUAUCGACAUUUAUCGUAUUAUUUUUUUUCUAAACUAAUGAUUUUUUAAACAAAAAAACUCGUUACAACAUAUAAAUGUUACUUGUACAUAUCACGAAAUCUCGUUAUUUUAUAUUGUAUGAUAAUUAAAACAGCGACUGAUGUAAAAAAAUCCAAAUAUGUAUAUAUAACUUAUAGUAGCAUAGCAAAACUACUAUUUGUUUUACAUUGUGUUUUUAUAAUUGAACAAUUUUUAAAAAACCGACGCUGUAUUUGUACACCUAUGAGAGAAAUUUGAUGUAAUACGAGAAAAC